CCUCCUUCCUGCAGGCCUGGGGCCAAGGGAAGGGGCAGGCCUGGCUGUGGAGCCCCUCCUCCUUUGGGCCCGGCCUGGAGAGGGCGGGAUAAAGGAGCAUUGGGGCAGGCCUGCUUGACGUUCACUAGUGGCUACAGCUGGAAUGGACCCCACAGAGUCAGAUGGCAGCGGCCAUGGUAAAGAGAGCAGCCCCCACUCCCAGCGUCCAUGCAGGACAUUUGCCCGAGGGGCCUGUCGCUGGGGGUUGAGCUGCUACAUCGCUCAAGACAGAAAGGUGUCCCAGGUCUGCAGAUACUUCCAGCGAGGCUUCUGCUUCCACAGAGAUCAAUGCAGCUAUCAGCACCCUCAGCCCCCUGGCCACCUGGAAUGGGGCCGGCGCCACUCGGAGCCACGUGUCACCCUGCCAAGACCCCGGCUGGGGCUGACCCGCAGGGGCUCCGAGCCCACCUACCUGCCCUCUGUGGCUGUGGGUUGGGACUGGCCGGGGGCCUGCUGGGGUAUGGAGCCUGGCCUGGUGGGGUUGGCCGGCAAGGCGGAGGAGGUUGAUGGUAGUUCCUGGAAGUCCCCGUCACCAUCAUCUGCUGACGACGAUCACUGUUACUCCCAGGAGCCUCAGCCUAAGUCAGACCCUGUCCGGGAGCUCAUGGCCCCACUUCAGAGCCUGGGCCUGGAGCUGCAGCAGAGGGAGCAGGACAGUCGGGACGUCGUGUGUGGCAUCUGCAUGGACAAGGUGUGGGACAAGCCAGAGGCUGAGCGGAUCUUCGGCAUCCUACCCAACUGCACCCACGCCCACUGCCUGGGCUGCCUGCGCACCUGGCGGAAAAGCCAACAGAACUUCCCACUGGCUGUCAUCAAGGCCUGUCCCCAGUGCCGUGUCCAUUCCAGCUACAUCAUCCCCCACAAAUUCUGGGUGAGCGAGGGGGCUGAGAAGGAGCAACUCAUCAGGAACUUCAAGGCUCGGACCAGCCAGAUCCGAUGUCGGUUCUUCAUGCAGGGGAAUGGCCGCUGCCCCUUCAAGUCUGAUUGUAUUUAUCUGCACCAGCUACCGGAUAAAGCCCUGACCUCUGAUUCUCCCUGGACUGAGAGUAUGCAGCUGACCUCUGGGAGUGAGGUACUGGGCCCAACAGGGUUCCAAGGGGGCACCGAGCAGGAGGACGAAGCAUUCUUCAUGGACUGUGCCCUGGCCAUGGCCUUCUGGGGUUCAGAACUCUUACUGGAUCGCAAUAAUUCUUACCUUGGCUUUCUGUAACCAGGAUC